AAACAUUCUCAUGUAGUGGAAUACUACUUGGCAAUAAAAAGUAAAGAACAACUAACAUGGAAGGAUCUUUAAGAUACUUAUGCCAAGGGGGGCAAAGGCAAACAAAAGUAUAGAUUGUAUCGCUCAGUUUAAAUAGAGAAAAUGCUGCAAAGUAGAUGACAGAAAACAAAUCUGAUGCUUAAGAGAUAUUAAGGGGGUGACAAGGAGAAAUUCCUACGGUGAUAGACAUAUGCACUAUCAUGUGUUUUCACAGGCGUAUGUGGAGGCAAAAUGUAACAUUGGAAAUAUAAGUAGUUUAUUGUAUCAGAACGCAAUAAAUCUUAAAAUAUCAGCAAAAUCAAAAACCUUUCACAAAAUAUAUCUGGGUGAAAUAUAAGCAGCUUAAUGUAUCAGACCUCAAUACAUCUUAAAAAUAUCAGCAAAACCAAAAGUCUUUCACAGAUACAUCUGGGUGAGUGACUAGAUGGGAAAACUACAAAGAAGUAAUAGCUCUGAAACAAGACUACUUGGGCACAGAAAAGAGGAGGUGCCAGUGGAGAGGAACAAAAGAUGCUCUUUGGCCCUUCUGGUACUGGCUGUUUCUGAAACUGGCAAGUCGCAUGUUUUUACGGUUAUUUUAGCCAUGUGCCUGCUUUCUAUUACCCUGUGUACAUAUGCAGUCUUAUAACUGGGGAGGGGGGCAAGGCACAAGCCACUGCCCAGGCUGUAUUCUAUCAUUCUGGAGCACGGUCUACACAGAAUAAACCAUCUGCAGGACUAAGUUCUUUAAACUUUUCAUUUGUUUCAGGUGGAAGAAUUAUCAACUGCAAACAACUAGAGAUUAAAUGGAAAAGCUAUCGUAAACUUCCUGAUAAACCACUGUCUGCGCUUGUUAAUACACUCCUCCCACAAACAACUGGAGAGAUUAAAUGGAAAAGCUUUCGUAAAUUUCCUGAUAAACCACUGUCUGCGCUUGUUAAUACACUCCUCCCACAACCUUCCAGGGUACACCUCCAAAUACAAGCGGUUGAGCAUGCACGUGGUACACAAACAUAAAUACACCCAACACAUUUUCUUCUUUAAAAGUAGUUAAUAUUCUCGGAGUCAUAGCUAAAACAGAAUUAUCUUCUUCGCAUGCAUUUUUGCCUUGAGUCAUGGUGGGCAAGCAGUCUAUCACUGAGUAAUGGCCCCGACCUCUAGUUUUUGCUUAAAUCAAACGACUAAAACACAGCCUGAGGCAAACCCAUCACGGUUUGCAGUUGUCUUCUCCAGACACUGGAAAGGUCUUGGAAUCGGGCUGGCCACAGCAGGCAGGGUAAGCGGAGCCUCGGGCUAAGCAGUCACCUCGGCCGCUCCCGCCCGUGGGAGCCCAAAUACCAGUUCAGGAGCAGAGAGGGCCGCAGGGUAUAGCAGCAGGAGCCAUGCUCCACUUCCACCGGUCACAUCCUCCCACGCCCCGCCUCCUAGAGGAGAGCACUUCCGGCCACAAAGGCGCUCGGGAACUCAAGCCGUGAGCCUGCACCAACCAGCGGCCGCGUCAGGCCGGCGCGACUGCGCGCGCAUCGUGGCGCAGGUUCGAAUCUCGGGCGCCUCGCUGCCGCUCCCCAACGUCCCGGUCGCCCUCAGGGCGCCGCAGCCCUCUGCUCCGCGCGGCCCUCCGCCCUCCCUCCGCCACCCGCGUGCCACCCAUCCCCGGCCCAUGGCCAAGCGGCGUGCGGCCGAGCCGCUCACGUUCCGCGUGCCUUGGAAGCGGCUCUUGCUCAGCGACUUCCCCGAGGGACCACCGCUCUGGGUCCCGCCGGCUCGGUCCCGCAAACGGCAGGGGGACGCGGGGACCAUGGUGGAGCCUGCGGCUGCGCCCAGCAAGCGACGCGGCGGCGGGGAUGGCGGCCAGGAGCGGCAACUUUGCCGCGGCCUGGAGCCGGGAAAGCCACCUCCCGGCGAGCAGGAAGAACCCCGGGGCAGCCGAGCUCCCGGCGGCGGCGACGACGGGAUGGGGAGCGCUGGCAGCGGAGCCGACGGGGCGCACGUCCAGCCCAGUGAAGACUUUUGGCAGUAUAAUACAUUCCAGUACUGGAGGAACCCUCUACCACCUCUUGAUCUGGCAGCUCUUGAAGAUGUGAGUGCCGACAGUUUGACAGAAACACUUCAGGACAAGAAUGAAGUAGUUGAGAUUGACAUGGAAUCCUGACAGGAGAAACUGAAGAAGUGGAUUUUUUUAAUUUGGGAAGCACUAAAGGAAAUGUUAUUUUCUGUCCUUGACAUUUGACAUGGUACUGUUGUCUAAUCUGAAAAAAUGAGGAAGAAUUUUCAGGCUUAAAUACUUGUAAUUACUACUGAAUAUCCUAAUGGAGAUUUCUAAAGGAUAUAAUAUAGCUGGAGGCAAAAUACUUGCAUUUUUAAUGAAAGGGGUUUUGUUCUUGCUCUAAUUUUGGAGAUGCUUAUCUUGGAAAGGGUGUUGCAGCUUUAGAGGAAGCACUCAGCUCUUCCUCUCUUGCUCUGUCAAAUGUUCCUCUGCACCAAAAAGCUUUCUUGCGGUACAUGGAAUGAACACAUUUAACAUUUAUAUAACUGAUGCUAAUAAAUACUUUCUAGUACAUUUUAUUGGCUCCUCUUGGUUGAACAAGUAGACUUGAGUAUCUAUGCAAAUUUAAAAUGUGAGAUUGUUUCUUAAGCUAAUAUUGUUUUAGAAGACUAUAAAUUUUAAACUAGUGAGAAUUUCCAUUUAGGUAGCUUGUUUUAUCUUUCAGUAUUUGCUGUUUAUUAGAGACAACAGAUAUAGCCAAAAAUUGGAUAAAGAGCAGUAAGAAGUAGAUGCCUGCCCCUCCUCCCCUUUUCUGAAGUGAAAGGAAUGAUGUGGUCAGUGAAUUGAGUUUUGGUUUGAGUCCAUUUUGUUACUGUUGACUACUUUAGCCCCGCAGUUCUCAACACUGAUAGCACUUUAACAGGUUUUGUUUUUUUGAGCCCCACCCUAGAGAAAUUUCAUUCAAUUAUUUGAAGGUGGGCUUUACACAUAGUUAGUCUUUUAUUGUUGUGUUGUUUUGGGCGCCAAGUCUGCAUUCCUGUACUGUGCAGAGCUGGCCAGAACCACUAGACUAGGAGCUUUUCCUGUUUAAAGGAGAUCACUAGUGAGCUGAAGAAUGCCUGUUUGUUAGUCUUGUCCUUGAUUUGUUACGUUAUUGGAUCUGUCACUUCUACGUUACUGUGUUACAGUUUUAUUGUUAAUAAAGUACACUGUUUAUGCUUGA